AUGAGCAGUCCAAGAAAGUAUUCAAGAGAUAAUAAUAAUAGUAAUAGUAAUAAUAAUAAUAAUAAUAAUAAUGAACAACAAAAUUCGAUUGGUUUUAGAAAGACUAUUGCUCAAUCUAAUCUUUCUUUAUUAAAUAAUAAUAAUAAUGUAUCUUCAUCUUCACCUUUAUCAUCAACAACAACAAAUAAUAGAUCAUCAUCACCUAAAAGAGGAGGUAGAGGAGGAGGAAGAAGAAAAAGUGUAGCAUCAAAAAAUAAUCCUCUUGAAAGAGUUCAAAAGAAUGGUUCAUUAAUCUAUCAGUUAUCAUUGUCACCAAGGAAUAGUAAUUAUCAAAGAAUAUUAGAAGGUGAUCAACAACAACAAUCAUCAUCACCAAAGAUUAGUGAUGCAACAACUCUACACAUUUUAAAUGAGAUAAGGAACCAUCAACAACAAAAAAUAUUACAACCACAACCAAAUUCACCAGGAAUACAAAAAGAACUACAAGUUUAUAGUGUAAUUAGUGGAGGAUUAUCAGAGGAUGAAGAGGCUGAAUUGGAUGAAUGGAGACAAGAUACAAGUUAUAAUGAUUCAUCAUUCUCUUCAUUACCUUCGGUAUUGGAGCCAACUAAAAAGUCUGACAUUGAAGAUGUUGAAAUAUACAGUCUAGACCUACUCGUUACAAAACCACAACAUGCUCUCAUCACUACUCUCUAUCGAUUCCUUAAACAUUGUGUCCCUGAAACUCACCAUAGUCACAAAUACAAAGGUGACAAUAGUAAUAGUGAUACUAUUAAAACUUUCUUUUGUGGAUAUGAAUUAAUUGAAUUCUUAUUAAUAUCAAAACAAAAUUUGAUUACAAGACACUAUGCAAUGGAUAUAGCAGAAUGUAUUGGUAAAUUACAUAUCUUUAUCAAUGCAGAUUGGUAUGACCAAGACAAGUUUGAAACGUCGCAUCAUGUCAAGGUGAGACAUUUAAACUUUAAAGACAACUCUACCAAAUAUUCGUUUAUCCCCGAGGAUAUUAUAGACGACUACCGAUUGUAUAAUGACUUUUUAAAGGUUAGAUUUACACAAUACAGGUAUUUCCCGUGUAUUGAAAACCUGAUAAACUUUAUCUUUCAAGAUAAUACCAACAUGUCUCUCACUGCUCCACUACCUCCAUCUUAUUUUGAUUGCAGACAUAUUCAUCGUUUCCAAUUCCAUACUGCCCAAACGGAUCUAUCUAAUUCCAACAGUUCACUGCCUUCAUUUAUCGAUGACAGCGUGGUAUCGUUUCCAAUGUCUGAUGAGGAUGGUCGCGAAACUGUAGUAUUUAGAAAGAGGUUUGAUUUUGGUGAUCCUGCAAUGGACCAGAGACCUCAUUUGGCUGGAAGAAAGUACAGAAAGUUUUUAAAGAGAAAGACGGAACGUGUUGUCAUUAUCGAUAAAAUAGCCUAUGAAUUAGGCCCGGGCAAUACGGUUGGGAUCGUACCCAACAAGGUAGAGAUGAACCAAGACAUGUUGGAUGGCAACUACUAUGAACGAAUUGCAAAACAUUAUCAAUGUGUCAAGGUCAAUGUGGGAGAUUUGUCUUGGUCUCGAUUCGUCCCAUUUGUCGUGUUUUCAGUGGUACUCUCUACAACUGGAGCUGCGAUAUGUUGGCGAUCAAUGCAUCGACUCUUGGGUACACCUGCACUCAUCUAUAAAAUAUUGGCUGGGUUUGGUGCAGGUCUAUGGAUCAUAUCAUUUGGUAUUGUAGUCUAUAGUAUCUUGAAAUACCAUCAUACCAAACUAAAUGAUUUCAAGGAUCUAAGUAAAAUUUCCUUUUUACCAAUUGCUUCAAUGUCUUUAUUUCAACUUGCCGAUCUUGCAAAUAAUUGGUCUUCAGGUUUAUCAAAAACUUUAAAUUGGAUUUCAUUUGCAAUUCAAGUAUUUUCAUUUUCAGCAUUGAUUUAUAGAGUUUAUAAAAAAUGGAGAAACAAACAACCAAUUAGAUUUACACCAAGUUAUUUUUUCAGUGGUACAGGAUUCCUGAUUGCAUCACCAACAUUUUAUCAACAGUAUACACGUCUCAUCUAUGGAUUCAUCUAUGUCGACCUCAUUCUCUGUGUCGUGUUGUGUGGUAUGAUGCUUAAACAUCUUCAACGAUCACGACAAACCUAUUUCCAUUUGGGAUACUUUGGAUUCUCUUUUCCAUUGUUGGCUUUUGGUACAGCAAGCUUACUGUACUACCAAUACACACCAUAUGUAUCAUGCAAGAUUGUUUCGAUCAUCAUUGUAUCGAUUGCAAAUUUUAUCUAUGUUUUAAUAUUUAUCAUUGCAAUUGUACAUGCUUUCAAAAGAAAUCUUUUCCUACCUUCUAAUUUCCAAAUCCCUGUUUAA